AUGGAUUUGAUCAGUUGUUAUAGAUUCUUGAUGAUUUUAUAUAUUUUCUUACAAAAUAGUUUUCAAGCUCCAGGGUCAGAGGUUCAGGACAAGAUAUCACUUAUGAUUAAUAAUACUUUUGCGGCUAACAUUGAUUCUAAAGCAAAAGAGUUCACUGAAAUUUUGAAAGAGCAGUAUUAUCCUUGGUUUGCACAAUAUAUGGUUAUGAAAAGAGCAAGCAUUGAGCCAAAUUUUCAUGACUUGUACCUGAAAUUCCUGGAUAAAGUUAAUUCAAAGGCUUUGAACAAAGAGAUUAUCCAGGCAACUUAUGAAAAUUGCAAGGUUCUUUUAGGAUCAGAGCUCAUAAAAUCAAGUUCAGAGGAACGCUCUUUGCUUAAAAAUUUGGGCAGCUGGCUUGGAAAGUUAACAAUUGGCCGGAAUCAGGUUUUGAAGGCUCGUGAAAUAGACCCAAAAUCUUUGAUUAUAGAGGCAUAUGAGAAGGGGCUAAUGAUUGCUGUUAUUCCAUUUAUAUCAAAGGUUUUGUUAAAACAUCUUGGUGUAGAUAUGAUGGAUGUCACACCAACUUCCCUCCUGCUGAAGGAUAGAAAAAGAGAAAUGGAAGGAAAUCCUGAUUUCUCUAAUAAAGAUGUCGGGGCAUCAUCAAAAAUGAUUAUUGAUCUAAAAUGUGGCCCUGUACCUCCAGUAAAUGAAGCUGAAUUACCACUUGUAGUCACCAAUCCAUCCAAUACGGGGGCUCAUCCACAUGUAGUGUCUCAGUAUGCUGGUCCUCUUCAUAUUUCCUCGGGAGCAUUGAUGGAAGAUGAAAAGUUUACACCUCUGGGAUUGUCUGAUCAACUUUCCUCUGCUCAAGUACUGUUACAAGCAACUCCUGCCUCAGCUCCUAUUUCUAUUAGCCGGCUUCCAAUACAGAUACCUGAUAUUGGGACUCGUGCUAUUAUCAACGAAAAACUUGGUGGUUUUGGGUUGCAAAUGUAUUUUAAUAGUGUGGUACCCAUUGCAAUGGACAGGGCUAUCAAAGAGAUAGCAUCUAGUAGUUUUGUUCAGAGAACUGUUAUCAUGGCAACAAAAACAACCAUGGAGCUUGUUUUAAAGGAUUAUGCUAUGGAAUCUGAUCAGACGCGUAUAUUAAAGGCAGCACACUUGAUGGUUACUAGUCUUGCUGGGAGUUGGGCUCAUGUUACAUGCAAAGAACCAUUAUGGGUAUCAAUAUAUAGUCAACUGAGGAAUUCACUUCAAAACUUAAAUAUUACUAAUGAAAUUUUGGAACAAGCUAUGCAACUUGUCACCAAUGAUAAUAUUGAUCUGGGAUUUGCAGUCAUUGAACAGGUUGCUGCUGAUAAGGCAAAAAACACCAUUGAUACAGAGAUUACUCAACAACUCUUUUUGAGAAGGAAGCAUCGAGAAGGUUUCAGUUCUACAUUUUUUUAUGCAAACAAGGAAGAAUUCAAAGGGGUAGAUUCUGUUGAACCAGAUCCUUCUGGGUUCUGCAAGCAGGUUGCCGUGUUGUUUAAAGAAUGGUACAGGAUAUGUGAAUUUCCUGGUGCCAAUGAUACAGCUUCAGCCCACUUCAUCUUACAAUUGCAUCAGAAUGGGCUGCUUAAAGGGGAUGAUGUUACAGAUCACUUUUUCCGACAAUUGAUGGAACUAGCUAUUGCACAUUGCUUAUCCACUGAGGUGAUUAAUUUGGGGUCACUGCAAUCUCAACCACCGACAAUGUCAUUUCUUGCAAUUGAUAUUUAUGCAAAGCUUGUCUUCUCAAUCUUGAAGGGAUCAAACGAACUUGUUCUUCUUUCCAAGAUUAUGGCAGUUACUGUCCGAUUCAUUAUAAAAGAUGCAGAGGAGAAGAAUGCCUUGUUUAAUCCAAGGCCAGUUUUCAGAUUAUUCAUCAACUGGCUUCUAGAUCUUGGUUUGCUAGAGCCUGUUACUGAUGGUGCAAAUCUCCAGAUUUUGACUGUUUUUGCCAAUGCAUUUCAUGCUUUACAGCCGCUUAAAGUUCCUGCAUUCAGUUUUGCAUGGCUUGAGUUGAUUAGUCACAGGAGCUUCAUGCCAAAAAUGUUGACUGGUAAUGGUCAAAAAGGUUGGCCUUAUAUCCAAAGGUUGCUUGUAGAUCUGUUCCAAUUUAUGGAGCCUUUUCUGAGGCAUGCUGAACUAGGAGAACCGGUUCGUGUCCUCUAUAAAGGCACACUUAGGGUGCUCUUAGUGCUACUUCAUGACUUCCCGGAGUUUCUCUGUGAUUAUCACUUUACCUUUUGUGAUGUUAUUCCUUCAAGUUGCAUACAGAUGAGGAAUAUCAUUCUAAGUGCAUGUCCGCGUAGUAUGAGGCUGCCAGACCCAUCUACUCCUAAAUUGAAGAUUGAUUUGCUUCAAGAAAUAAACCAAUCGCCGAGCAUUCUGUCGGAGGUUGAUGCAGCACUUAAAGCAAAGCAGAUAAAGACCCAUGUAGAUGAAUACCUUAAGACAAGACAACCGAGUUGGUCAUUUUUAUCUGAACUGAAGUAUAAGCUGCUUCUCUCACCAAAUGAAGCAGCCUCUGCUGGGACUCGAUACAAUCGGCCAUUAAUUAAUUCGCUUGUGCUAUAUGUAGGAAUGCAGGCAAUCCAUCAGCUUCAGGAACGAACUCCCCAUACACAAACAUCAGCAAACGCUGUCCCCGUCGUAGCCUUAUUUUCAGUUGAUACUGCAUUGGAUAUUUUCAAAACACUAAUUGUGGACUUGGACUCUGAAGGGCGCUACCUUUUCCUAAAUGCUAUUGCCAACCAACUGCGUUAUCCUAAUACCAAUACACACUAUUUUUCCCUCCUCCUUCUGCACUUGUUUGAAGACUCAAACCUGGAAGUUAUCCAAGAACAGAUAACUAGAGUCUUGCUAGAACGCCUAUUUGUUGAACGUCCUCAUCCCUGGGGCAUCCUCAUUACUUUUUUGGAGUUGUACAGGAACCCUAGGUACAAUUUCCGGAACCGGAGUUUCAUAACGCCAGAGAUUGAAAAACUUUUUGAGUCGGUGGUGUCUCGAGCAGGUCCAAAACCAGUGGAUGAGAGCUGAGUCUGAUAGGUCAUAGUCUUUUCUUUUCCGCUUGUUAGUUCUGUCUAGGCUAGCUAACCAUGUUAGUUAGGAUUGUUAAACUAAAACGUGCUCUUUCUACAUUGUAAAUCAUGUUUUAGUGAAAUUAUCUUCUUAAUUGUAGAUGAUAGUACUUGUUUCUAGAGCUUCA